AUGGACCAGCAGAAGAUUCAGGCAAUCACAGAUUGGCCGCCGCCUAAGGAUAUCCACGCGUUGAGGGUGUUCCUUGGUUUAUGCAAUUUCUAUCGGCGAUUUGUGAAAAACUACUCCCUCAUUGUAGUACCAUUGACAGAACUCCUCAAGAAGGUCACGCCUUGGGAAUGGGGACCCAAGCAAGCGGAGGCCUUCAAUGCAUUGAAAGCGGCUAUGUCUAGUAGCCCCGUCUUAGCCCUUCAUGAUCUGGCUAAGCCAUUCGAAGUACAAACAGAUGCAUCUGACUAUGCCCUCGGUGGAGUCCUGCUACAAGAAGGGCAUCAUGUAGCGUAUGAGAGUGGGAAGCUGAAAGAUGCUGAGCGGCGCUAUGCUGCCCAUGAGAAAGAAUUAUUGGCUGUCGUCCACUGA